UAUAUUUUAGUUUUAGUUUCUUAGCGACAAUUAAGUGAAAAAACGCGCGAAUGAUUUCAAGCAAAUUUAUUAUGUUCUUUUUUUUAACCACUUCUCAAGCUCGCUCUCGCUCAUUUGUUAAUUCUGUAAAUUUGUGUAGUCUGCUAAUUUUAGCUACAUACUAAAUCAAAUUGAUCUGUCUGUGAGAGAGGAGUGUGGAUUUGUGGUUCGCUUAUUAAACUGUGCUCGAGCGUUCAACCAGCGAUUUUAUGAUGAGCAAAAAUGGACACAGCAAUCCGACAUUUAUUGGCGACAGUAUUGUCAGCGACAAGCCGGCCAACAAAUAUUCACUGGAGUUAGCUGAAAAGGGUGGUGCCAAGUCAGCGAGUGUAGUGGCGUCGAAGGAUGCUGCCGCGUAUGAAUACAAUCCCUAUGAAAAUCGUGAGGUGGAACAUCCAACAACCAAUUCGGAGACGCUCUUUCACCUGCUGAAGGGUUCUUUGGGCACCGGUAUUCUGGCUAUGCCGAAUGCUUUUCGCAAUGCUGGCUACAUAACAGGUACCAUAGGUACCGUUGUCAUUGGCUUCAUCUGCACAUACUGCAUUCAUCAGCUCGUUAAAGCCGAGUACGAACUAUGCCGGCGGAAAAAGGUGCCCAGCAUGAACUAUCCCGGCGUUGCAGAGCAUGCGUUAAUGGAGGGCCCGCCAUUCUUUCGCAAACUGGCACCCUAUAUUGGGCACAUCGUCAACACUUUUCUGCUAAUCUAUCAACUGGGCUGCUGUUGUGUCUACGUCGUUUUCGUUGCCUCAAAUAUUAAAUCCAUCGUUGAUUUUUAUUUGGAAGAGCCUGUCGAUUUACGACUAUGCAUGGUGAUCAUUCUGCUGCCACUGAUUCUAAUCAAUUGGGUCCGCAAUCUGAAAUAUCUAGCGCCAUUUUCCACCAUCGCCAACGGCAUCACCAUGGUAUCUUUCGGCAUCAUCUGCUACUAUAUAUUCCGGGAGCCCUUCACCACGGACGACAAGGUGGCGGUGGCGCCUUUUGCUGGCUUUCCACUUUUCUUCGGUACGGUGCUGUUUGCACUCGAGGCCAUUGGCAUCAUUCUGCCGUUGGAGAAUGAAAUGAAAACGCCGAAAAAGUUCGGCGGCAGCUGCGGUGUGCUCAACGUAGCGAUGGUGCUGAUUGUGUUCCUUUACACGGGAAUGGGUCUCUUCGGCUACUUGAAUUAUGGCAGUGAAGUUGAGGGAUCAAUUACAUUGAAUCUACCAUCGAAAGAUAUUUUGGCCCAAUGUGUAAAGGGAAUGCUGGCGUUUGCGAUAUACAUCACUCACGGGUUGGCUUGCUAUGUUGCCAUUGAUAUCACAUGGAAUGAUUACGUGGCGGAGCAUUUAGGACCCCAACGAAAGAAACUUUUCUGGGAAUACGUAGUGCGGACGUCCAUAGUUCUAGUGACAUUCCUUUUAGCCGUUGCCGUACCCAAUCUGGAACUCUUCAUUUCCCUUUUCGGCGCGCUCUGCCUCUCAGCGCUCGGUCUGGCUUUCCCAGCACUUAUUCAAAUUUGCACUCAUUGGUAUCACAGAGAAGGUGUGGCCAAAGUAUGGCUCCUGGUCAGCAAUUUUGUGCUCAUAAUUGUCGGCAUACUCGGCCUGAUAAUCGGCACAUCCACCUCACUCUCGGAGAUAAUUGCCACCUUCUUCAAAUGAGCGCCGCUGCUGCAUUAGCGAUAUUACACAAACAUUCUAAUUGAAUCCGUGAUAUUUUAAGUUACUGUUUCAAACAUAAUAAAAUACUAAUUUAUUGCAAAGACAAGUAUUAUAAAGAAGGCAAAAAACCUACAUAUGUACAUGCAUAUCAAUAUGUAUGUAUGUAUUUUUCAUAUUGUUAAAUAAACGCUUUAAAGUGUUUUCAACUAAGCUAAGUAAUAUUUUCAAGCUGUGAAAUUGCAAUAAUGGAGCACUCAUCGAUUCGACAAUAAAAACAUAAAUUUUUGAUAUUGUUAUAUAAAUCAAAUGGUUAGGAUUUAUAAGUUAUUAAGCAAAAUUGUUGCCAUUUUUUAUUAUUGAAUAGAGUGUAAAUAACAUAGUUUAUACAAAUAUUAGUAAAAAUUAUUCUAGAACCAAUUUAAAUACUAAAAGAUCGCGAUAUUAUAAAACAUUAAUGUGCGUGCCUUCAACCAGCGUCGACAUUAUUUAACUACAUAUGUACAUACAUAUAAAGUAACUUAAAUAUAUAUGUAUA